GGGGGAAUAGAUCGCGAUUGAUGCAAUUUUACCAAUAAUUAGGUAUUACUUUUCUUAUGCAUACUUAAUACUAUGCUAUAUAUUUUUUUUUCUCAUUUAUGUUCUCGUUUUUAAAUUAAUUGUAAUGAAUUUCGACUGGAUUUAUGGGCUGAUUUUAUUUUUAUAUUUUAAAAAUUAAAUUUCUCAAAUAUAAUUUAGAUUAUAAUUAAUUUAGUUGUUAUUUAAUAAUUUGAAACACUUAUUAAAUGUACCGAUGUGGUGAGCCGCGUUGGAGCAAUUUCUAAGGUCGAAGUUCGCUCACCUAGAGCUGGGCGUGUCUGUGUAGGUUUGUCUUGUCUCGUGUGAGCUAGUCGAUAGGUAAUCCACGUUUCUAUGUGUAUUCGUGCCCAACACAAUCGUAUCUAAAUAUAUCCUAGUCAGUCAAAGACGCUAUUGCAUUAGUAAAUUGUUCGGCGCGGGGACAUUCGGUUAGUUGAAAUAUUUUAGCGAAAUUCAUCCUUCAAAAUUGAGAAUUCUAUAAGUAUAGUAUAUUUUUUAAAUCUUUCUAAGUAUAUCGAAUGAAUUCGAUUUAACAUGUGUUCAGUCUGUAUGUGUUCACUAUUUAAAUGUAGGUUAGGUCAGAACCCGUCGGUUCUAGAACUAUCAUUGUCUAGUUAAAUUGCGUGCUGUAGGCUAAUUGUUGAGGUAUCGCUUCCAGAAUAGUUUAAUAAUCUUAAUAUACUGUUAUCGUAAUUAUGAAUAUUUAGUCACUGGCGGUACCACGAUGCUAGAUGUAUGCAAUCCUAAAAGUCGUCCUAUCUUUUCGCCUAGACCUUGUAUUUAAUGCCAAAGCUGCAUCUUCAGUGUUAGCUUCCCUCCUUCGACCGUGCGUACGGUCCUAUAACCGCUUCUAGAGUAUUCCAGAACAGUAGUAUUAAUAUCAAGAAAAUAAAUGUCUCCCGUAUGCAUAAUGUUAGUUAAAUUUAAUGUGUUAGAAUUAAAUUUUUCACGUUUUGUACUUAGGUUAAAAUUAGAUUAUAGGAGUAUAAUAUGCCGAUUCGACGUUUAACUUCAAACAAAAAUUUCUAUGUAAUGUGAAAAUUAUCUAGUUACGUAAUAACUAAUAGUUAAGUGUGGCUUAAGGUAGUGAAAUUAUUGUUUGGAAGGAAGAUAAGCGAAGGGAAAUAAUCACUUUGCGCGUGUGUUGUUUUUGUUGGGCGUCCAUUGCCAGUUGGGUAAAUAUCCAUUAAAAGGAAAAGGCAGUAUUCCAAGCAAUGAACGAGCAUCACGCUAAAUCAAAUUAUUAAUAAAUGGACAAGGCGAAAACGAUGAAAUGAAAACAUGCAGUUUGCGUCUCUUACGGUCAAUUAUUAAGGUUUCGUUAAUAUUUUCUUUCAUAUCGCAAAUAUGAAUUAAUUACUUAAUUUUUUUUCAGUGCCAUUGUAAAAGUAUUACGUUAAUUUUAAAAUACUAUGUUGCAUGAAAUGCAUUUUUUUAUAUAAUUGAAAAUUUUCUACGGAAUUAUAAACUUGACGGUCAAAUAGUUAUUUUUGUAUAACGACUGAAUCUCGGUAUUUUAGACGGUGAUUUACAAUUUUGCAUAACAUAAUACGGAUUUGCAAAGCGAAUUCUAAUAUUUUGCUACUAACUUCACGGUAUUGAAAGUUCAUUUUUCAAUGUAACAAUUCUUAUGAAUGCGCAAUCUUGCUUAAUAUCAACGCGGAUAACAGAUUUCAAAGAUGUCGGAUCAAUAGACAAUUUUCUGUAGACAUUAUUUUUUAUUCCAAAGCUAAAGCAGUGACGCCUUCUCCUAAACUUCAGUCGAUUCAGCUAAAAAGAUUAAUCCCAAGCCAAUCUUUGAAUUCUGUUAAUCUCUAGAUAAAGAAUCUAAUUCUUUGUUGGUCUUCAUAAUGACAGCAUAAUGUUAAUUUUCAUUAUGAUUUCUUAUUGAAUUGUUUAGAUUUAUUUUGUUAAUUUCGUGAAUGGGACGGUGCCACGCUAGAGUCGCGUCCGGGACUCGAACAACAACGAUUGGUAUGAAAUACGAGUGAUCCUAGCGUGGAACCGUCCCGACGCAUUACCACUUUGUAAAAGUGAACCAAAUUUGAAACGCAUAAUAUUGAUGUAAUCAUCCGAGUCAUAGAUUUGAUCGCGAGCAAUGUGUGUGAGAGCUGCCAGCUACUGGCAGUAUAAACAUGGUAUUGUGAUAGAUACAAUAAAAUUGAGAACUGCGCGUGAUGAUAAUUUUGUACGUGGUUUUUCAAUGUUUGAACUAUAUCAAACGGCAAAGGAAAGUCGAUUGGUUUCCUUUUAAAAACAGUGUUGUGGUAAUGUAAGGCGCAAUGCGAUAACUGCACGAUACGUAGAUGAAUGUAUGGAGCCAUUAUACUUGUGCUAUUUCUAAUGUUAACUAGGCUUGCGUUCGUUGUGUUAGUCUUAGAGCGAUCUCAGCCGUUCGUCUCUCCUUCACGCGUUUAUCAUAUUAAUGGAACAUUUAUCGUAGUGAUCGUAUUAAAAAUACUCCUUGAUAGCGUAGAGCGUGUUUAGCUUAUGAUGUCUUUAGUAAAAUUGUAUGUCUCAAUAAAAUAGCAGAUAUUAUCGAAGGAGAGAUGAAUGUCACCGAGUUUCUAUUUAGAGUAACCGAUAAGUAGUAUUUUUGUAUUCGUUCUCCGAUCGGAAAAGUCACGGCGACUCGACCGCGGAGAAGGUCAUGUCCCCGAGUCGUUUAUGAUACGUUCUAAAUUGUAGUCCGGCUGAAUGAUGAGGUGGCGAACGAUCUGGUAAAGACGGAAUACGUAACAAAAAUGACUCGAUGCGUGCAUAGUUACGACAUACCGAACCUACCUCACUUGCAAAAGCAUAAAGACUGAUAUGAAUUAAUUCAGCGGUGGUCAGAUCACUGCACUAGAAGUCUGUUGUCUAUUAGUAUUAGCGAAAUUCUUAAUUGUAAUUUCUUCACUUAAAUUAAGCGUCCAAUAAUCGAAUCAAAUUUUACGUUAAACUCCCCGUUUGAAGAUGACAACAGUCUUAUUAUUUUAUAAUAAUUAUCUAUAUCUUACGUUACUGUCCUGUAAUAUUGUUGAAAGAAGACUGAUAUUUUAUAAAUGUUCCUAUAUUUUAAUUUAGAAUAAUUUACUGCCUACCAAUUCAUUUUAUUUUAACCCUUCGGUAAUGAUCAUUACUUUGUCUCUUGUAAUAUUAUUAAUAGUGCGUGACGCUAUAUUAUGUCAUGGAUUUUUGAAAAUUUUAAUGCAAUUUUGUAUGAAAAUUAAUCAAGUGAUUGAUAAAUUAAAUGGUGUUUUAUUUAUAUUCAUCCCUUAUCGUAGUUAAAAUUAUGAUAAUCACAUGUUAUUGAAGUAUAUAACUUAAAGUAAUUUAGUAAUAGGUACUCAGCUAAGUUCCAAUUGUUAAUAAAAUGAGGAAAAAAAUUAAAUACUAGAACCUACACGUAUGUACAAACUUAAAAAAUAAAAUGUCAAAAGUAAAAGUGUCAAAUUUUAUUUAUAUAUUAACAGUAGCCAAUAAAAAUAUUGGCAUUGUUAAUAUGGGUCACCACAUAAGCACGUUGUUCUCGAGUCUUGGGAGGUUUUUCGAGUAUCCCGUAAAGAGGAAACCCAUAUGCUUUUAUAGGCAAGAAGACUUUACCGCAACUGGUGAACCUCAGAGGAAGGUAGCUGACACUCAGAAAACUACUAAGACUGAUUAUGACAAGCUAGUUGAAUUAUUUUACAAGAGACUAGCUGAACAACGGCAGUAUAACCAGGAAAUGAAAGAGCAAGAUAGACGAUGGAGUAUGCAGAAAGUAGUUGAAAGGUUUCCUGGCUGGAAUGAGGUUACUAUCGCGAACCUGCACAGUUUAUUUCUUCUUUUCGACAACCAGUCAAACGGCAUGCUUGGAUUCGAUGAUUUCUGUGCUGUUCUUGAAAGUUUGGGGGACGAAAGUUCAAUGGAGCUUCGUAAAGAGAAAUUUAAUGCGGCCGACUCUGACAAUGAUGGCUGGAUAACUUAUGACGAUUUUUUAUCGCUCGUUUAUCACUUUAGUCCGCAGGAAAAUGGCAAUCUGACAGGAUUAGCCCAACUGUGCAACGAUGUUGCAGAUAACAUACAAUUUGUUAGCAAUCUUACCGUAGGCGAACAGUUAGAAUAUGGGUUGUUUUAAAAUAAAAUAAUCAUUA